AUGGGGCAGAAACCAUCACAACAGCUGGCUCCAAAGGACAAAGAGGUUCUCAGCGUCUGUGAGGUGGUCAGUGGAGCUAUCAUCCACGCAGCUCAGAAACUGAAGGCCUAUCUUGGAUUUGAAGACACACUGAGCAGUCUGUGCCCGGAUCCAAACACUCUCAAUGAGAUCUUCUUAAUCCACUUCGUCACUUUCUGCCAAGAGAAAGGAGCUGACAAGUGGCUCACCACCACCAAGAUGACCAAGCACCAAGCCUUCCUGUUCGGGGCAGAUUGGGUUUGGACCUUCUGGGGAUCUGAUAAACAAAUACAGCUUCAACUGGCCGUGCAGACACUGCAGAUGGCUUCUCUUCCUCCUGUGGAAUCUGACCCCUCCAACCCAGAUUCCAAGGCGGAAAAGUCUUCCAGCAAGAAAAGUAGGUUUGACAAGCUGGAAGAAUUCUGUAACAUGAUAGGAGAGGACUGUCUUGGCCUGUGUAUCAUCUUUGGUGUGCCAGGAAACCCUAAAGACAUCCGAGGAGUUGUCCUGGACAGUGUCAAGAGAGAGAGAAUGAAGGGUCAUCUGCCAGGAGGGACAGCUGUGGCACGAUUCAUCCUGGAAACAGAAGAUUGUAUCUCCAUCAGGGAGCUGCUUGGAAACUGUCUGAGUAAGAAAGACAGGCUGAGAGAGGCUCUCACCUCAUCCCAAGCUGCUUGCUCUCUGCACUGA